UCAUCUGUGUGUCAUGCUGCAUUAUUCUCAUGGAGAACUGGAACAACCAAUCUCUCUCCAGUUUUAUGCCAAAUCUGUACUACAAUCUUCAAAGCGAUGUUAAAAGGUUUGGAUAACGGGCCACGCGCGUUUAAAUCGAAUCUCUGAUCUAUACUGCCCUGUCGAUUUAUGUAGGCUAGUUUCUAUUUAUUAAUUCAGUGUGCGAAGUUUUUGUUUGGACCUUUCCAUCUUUGAGGACCAUAACACGAAGGAAGCGGAAAUUAACAGUCCGCUUGCUUUUUCCAGAGCUACUCCGGAGUCGGGAAAAUGAACUGAAACAGUGAGCCGUAUAAUAUGAUUUUACUGUUGUUAAAAUAGUUUUAUUUAGAUCUUUUAUCUUCAAUGCGUAAUUGGGAUCGGAGAGGGAAGACUCUGCACCUCUGUGACUUGGGUUGACAGCACCCAGGCAAGGAAGAUCUGUCACUCCACGGACAGCAGGGACAAGGACAGGAAUUAGGAGAUUGAAUCAGAUCAGUUAGGGAAGUUAUUCUGUCUGUAGAAACACUUCCUUUUGGAGCUUUAUAUCUGUCUCGCGUCCACACAGUCCAUGCCAUGGAGGCAAUAGCUAAAUACGAUUUCAAAGCUACUGCGGAUGAUGAAUUAAGUUUCAAGCGAGGAGAGAUUCUAAAGGUUUUAAAUGAGGAAUGUGACCAGAACUGGUACAAGGCAGAACUCAAUGGAAAAGAAGGAUUCAUUCCUAAAAAUUACAUAGAAAUGAAGCCACACCCCUGGUUUUAUGGGAAGAUUCCCCGUGCCAAAGCAGAAGAAAUGUUAAAUAAACAGAGACACGAUGGAGCUUUUCUCAUUAGGGAGAGUGAGAGUGCACCUGGAGACUUCUCACUGUCUGUCAAAUUUGGGAAUGAUGUCCAGCACUUCAAAGUCUUACGGGAUGGAGCAGGAAAAUACUUCUUGUGGGUGGUCAAAUUUAACUCGUUAAACUCUUUAGUAGAUUACCAUCGGUCCACUUCUGUAUCCAGGAAUCAGCCAAUUUUCCUCAGGGACAUUGAACAAGUACCACAGCAUUCCACAUAUGUUCAAGCUUUGUUUGACUUCGACCCUCAAGAGGAUGGAGAGCUGGGUUUCAGGCGUGGAGAUUUCAUCCAGGUCCUGGACAACUCUGAUCCUAAUUGGUGGAAGGGGGCUUGUCACGGACAGACCGGAAUGUUCCCUCGUAAUUAUGUCACACCUGUCAAUCAAAACAUGUAACUUUCAGAGAAAAUGUUUGCCUGCUUAAAGCACUUGUGGACUUCCAGCUGGGUUGCCACAGAAACGGAAACCACAGAGUGGAGAGAAAAGGCUCAAUUGGUGACGUGAAUGUCGAUUGGCCGAAAAAAAAAUAGAGACUGUGCUGUUUGAAAUGGUUGACAUUUUAUGAAGCACUAUUGGAUGUGUGAGAAGAAUGUUCCAGACUGAUAUUUUAUUCAUGUACUGUGUAUCACACAUCAGCUUUGCUUUAUAUGCAACUUUAUUUCAUGUUAUAUGACAUCUGCUGUACUAAAAAAAAAGUCUUAUGCCACAAAGAGAAGGUUGAUAUCACUCAGCACGCCACUGCGUUACAGUUUUGCACCAGGAUUCAUUUUAAAGCACCAUGUUAUCUUUGAUUUGUAUUGUUAAAAUGCAUCAUGAAUUUUUCAUGCUUUUUUUUUUUUUUUUUGUAUUUUGUCAUGUUUCCAUAAGUAGUGUUGCUGUGUUAUUGGUGAUCAAACAUAAACUCAUUUCAUGCCAUAGUAAAAUUACAUUGUCUUUUUCUCUUAAAGGAACUGUUCCCCCAAAAAUGAAAAUCUGUCAUUAUUUACUGACCCUCUUGUCAUUGCAAAUGUGAUAUAUAAUUUGUGUUCCACAGUAGAAAGUCACACAGGUUUGGAACGACAUAAAGAUGAUGCCAGAAUUCUUAGUUUUGGGUGAACUCUCCCUUUAAAUCAAAAUAGCUUGAAAAUAAUGUAAUGGUGCCAAAGCGUCUGUAGCAGAUCAAUGAUCAAAUGUAAAAAAUUAGGAGCAUUUCAUGAAUCCCUUUAAAAUGGCACUGGAUGUGAUUACAUUUGGGAUCUUCAUAGAGUAUGUUGGAUACUCUGGAUGAUUCCUGUAUAAAUUACAUAGAAUAAAGAUAUUUCCAGUGAAACCUCCCAAUGCACUUGUACAUUUUUUUUUUUUUUUUUUUUUUUUUUUUUUUUUGUGGAAAAAUAUUAAUUUGAUAUUAAAUGUUUGAUUGCUUAGUAGUGGGGGGAAAAGAAAAAAAAAACUUUAACAAAUUAAAUUAUCUGGUCUUUGUGCCAUCUAGAAUGAUGCCAUAUAACUGGUAACAAAGGGCUAAAAUUGCUUUUUUUUUUUUUUUUUUUUGCAAUAUCAUGAAAGUUUAUUACACCAUUUACAGGGGGCAUUAGGUGCCUCCUUUUGAAGCUGCAGGCUGUACACAGUGUCUGAUGUUAUUUGAGAUAUUUCUUUAUUUUUGUUUCUCUUUUUGAGUUUUAGUUUUGGAGUUUGUCAUUGUGUGGCACCAGUUUAACUAAAAGAAAACUAUCAAACGUAUACACUAACGUGUGCCAAUUUUUGAUGCUUAUUUUUUUUACCUUUCAAAUGUAAAGUUGUAAUAUACAUUUUGAUAGAUUUUUAAAGCUUCAGUUGCUUUCUAUUUGUCAAGGUAAUUUGUUCUCUCUGUGAGAUUUUACUCCACUAUUCCACCAAGGCACUAAAGUUCUCUAAUGUCUGGGGGGACAUGAUUACAUGUGGUUUGACACUGCGAGGACGAUCAGCUGUCCUUCCUGUCUCCCUGCAUCUUACAUUACGGACAUUGCGUUUUUUUGCUCUGGCCACAUCUGCAGUCCUAAUGUCUCCCUGCAGCAGGACUAUGGCAUGUUCACGAUCAAGUACCUGGGCAUCUUCUGGUGUUUUUCAGAGUCCGUAGAAAUGUCUCUUUUGUGUCCUAAGUUAUUGUAACUGUGCCAUUAAUUGUCUUUCGCUUGUAAACUGUUCGUGUCUUACAUGCACCUGUUCCACAUGUGCAUGUGCAAUAAUUAUUUAUGGUUCACUAAACAAGCAUGACAAACAUUGUUUAAACCCUUUCCAUUAAAGAUCUGUGAUGCUUA